UAUAACUAUUCAGAAUGGUAACGCAUUACCUGAGCUGCAGCAGUGCAACAAGUGUUGCAGCAAUUAUCACUGCCCUUUUUGCGCAGCCAGUCUGUUUAAGCCAACUAAACUGGUCAAAUUGAAAACCCAUCUUCAAAGCCACUUUACCAAGGCAGUUGUCUGUGGAGGCUUUACUAUACACAGAUGUGGACUAGGAUGUAGACCAGCACUGCAUCACCACUGUCCAUACUGUAAAACAACAAUUUUAAGGAGAAGAGAUUUUGAAACUCAUGUACAGGUUUGCAAAAACAUAAGACCUCCAACUUCAGCUGAAAUUUCAUCUCCAGCUACUGCAGCGUUGAUCACACCAGCAGAGAGAGAGACACCAUCUCCAACCAGCAGUGCUGACCACACCAUCUCCAACCAGUGCAGUGCUGACCACACAUCUCCAACCACUGCAGUGCUGACCACACCAUCUCCAACUACUACAACAUUGAUCACGCCAUCUCCGACCACACUAUCUCCAACCACUACACAACUGAAUGCACAAGCAGUCUCCUCAGGAAGGGUUCGUGUGGGGCCUGUGAUCAGAAAAAGAUGCCCAGUUUGCAAUAUCCUCAUUAAUAAAAGAAACUUAAAAAAGCACAUUGACUGCAAGCACACUGAAGAGCCAAUACAGGACAUUAAUGUCACAUUCCAUCUUGAGAGCCAGUGUAUUGACAGGACAAAUGGCAUAUUUACAGUCCUUAAAGUUAUCAAGGGUCACAGUGUUCCUCUGCAUAUUCAACUUAAGACUUGGGGAGAACACCAUAAGGUGAUUUGUGAAUCACACGAAUGUCAGGUCAACAUGGAAGUUGCACAAAGGAGUGGCCUGUCAUCAUACCAGUGCAAACACAUCCGCUCUGUAAAUUACUGCACAUCCUCUGCAGAACCAGUCUCUCUGAAAGAAGAGAUUUUAUCUGAGAUGGUGAGAGCAAAGUGGUUUAGCAAUGAAAAGAAGAUGAUUUGCCUUACUCGGCAGCAGCUUGCCAACAGCAGUGACAUACCGCUCUCUAUUCAAACUUCAAUCGGCAGCCCUGAAACAAAGAAGUUUAUUUCGGUAUUUGAACCCAGUGUCUCCUUUUACAGCCAGUUGGGGCGUGUAAUGGUGGUAUAUGAUGCAAAAUUAAACACAUGGCAUUGUCCCUGUGCCAAAUUGCGGCGCUCAUGUGUACACAAAUACGUUGCAAAGUGGCACCUUUUUCAAACCCAACGUGACUUGUUUCGAACAGUCUUCAGCAGAGAAGAAUCACCACACAAAGAACCAUACGAACAGUCUGAGAAGGAUUACAGAGAAGACAAUCCUGUUUAUCCUCCAAAAGAUCAAGGGCUAAAUAAUAUGAUAUGUUAUAUUCUUCAGCAAAAGAAAAUACCCGUUGAUCUACCAGACGAAGUGCGGGCACCAUCACAAGACAAGGAUUACCCAAGAAUCCUUUGUCCGGAUGAAUGUGUCUGUCAAAUAUGUCCAGGUGUUCCACUCAGUGAACCCAUCCUAAUUACAAAGAAGGCUAAAAUACUCACAAACUGGUCUAUAAUUGAAGAUGUUGCCACUUACUGUAAGCAGUGCCCACUGUGUGGAAUGUUUUACCGUUAUCAGGAGUGGAAAGACCACCUACAUAACUUUGAUGACCACAACAUCCUUGCCAUACCCUUAUGCCUAACCUUGAGAAGCCUUCUCCAGUACUUCCCGGUGCAUACAUCCUUGAGCAGAGCAGUUGCUUUUUUGGAAGAUUUGACAGGUUUGAAGUUUCCGGCACCGGACACAGUUCUUCAUGCCUACUUGCAUUUUGAGGCUCUUAUGGAACAUGAGUACAGAUACUCAUGUAUUACCUGUGGUGACUAUCCCCCAGUGGUGAUAAUGGAUCUACACAAAAAGGGUGUUUACCAUUUUUCUGUAAGUGAUGUAGAGGAACCUCCAGAAAACUUUCGAGGGGUUGUCAAUAUAGAAACAUUCUGGGAGGCACUAUCCAAAGAAAUGAUAUGUCGUGGAUUUGUUGCAAGUGGUGCAAAAAAUCUAUUUGCAGUUAAACCUACGUAUCACUUCUGGGCUCCUUGGAUUGGCAAGAACACACGUCGUUCUGACAGUGUGCUAAACACAGAGUAUGAAAAACUUCAUUCUUCAAAGCCUGCCUCAGAGACUGCAGAAAUUACCAUGACAGAAGAGAGGCUUAAAGAAGAACUUCAAAAGCAAAAGGUUAAUGUUAUUCGGAAACUAUGCAAAGAAUGUGGUCUGGACUCCACUGGAUCUCGGAGUGACCUCCUCUUCAGAUUGUCUAAUGAGAUGAAAUCGAGGUGGCUGGGGAGUUUAAAAUGCAAUCUUCGAGCAGAAAGCCCUCGAGAUUUUGUUGAUCUACUUUUCUCAUGGAAGCACAUGCCGAACAUCAUCAUUUAUGACUUUGCACGUGGUUUAGCAACACACGCCAAUCUAAGGGCACCAGAAAGCAUUCCUAUUCGUCCAUAUGAAGGACGCUUAGCAGAACCAACUCAAGAAAACAUUACACUUGCCAGAUCUGGAAAUCUGAAAGUGUCCUUGCCUUGGCUGGAGGAAAAAAAGAGUACAAGCGACCCUCACGGACACCCACUGACAGGAUCUUCUGAUCAUUACGUAUUAUCUGACCGUUUUCACGAGAGCCUCUUUUCCUCAAAAUGA